GAGAGAAAUAAGCAAAAGAAAGCACUGUGGAAAUAUCUAAACUUCUGUAUGUGUAUUCAAAUAUGAGUAUGUCACUUUUAAACUUGUUCAUACUCCGUGGGGUCAAACUUUCAUUGAAUUUCAUAUAGAAGGGGAGUGUUCUGUUAAACGCUCUGAGAGAGCCACUGUUGACAGUAGUAGAGCUUUCACACGGUCGACAUUCAGUCAGUGUGACAUGCGUUUUUGUUGUUAGUUUUUCAGGGGCUGUAAUUGCUUAGCGAUUGCUGUUGGUCGUUAUCUCCAGCAUUAUUUCCUAGUUGCCACUGGUAUUUACUGGCAAACGGACGUCAUUUGGAUUGGAGCUUAUACCACGAAGUGCUAUAAUUUUGAGCCUGUAUCAUAAAAACGACUUCUGUGGCUGAGAGCUCUUUUGGAGAGGUAACAUGGCUUCAAAUGGAAUGGAAAGUAUGCAGUUAGCGGAGGACCAGAUUAAAAUUCUGGAGGAGAAUUUCAACAGAGUCAGCAAGCAUCCCGACGAGUCGACGCUCAUGUUGAUCGCAGCUGAAAGCGGACUAACCGAGGAAGAGACAGCGAAAUGGUUUAGGCUACGCAACGCACAGUGGAGACAGGCCGAGGGCCUUCCAGCUCAACUGGGAUCAGUGAAAGACUGAGAUUGGAAUGGCGUAGGAAACCUCCCCCUCAUCCCGUUGCUCCUCCGACCCACCCACCACACCCUUACUGACCAAUCCCCCCUUCCUUGAAUCACUCUCUCUCUUUUGUAUCUAAGCUAUUUUCAUUUACUGAAUGUAAAGUGAGUCAUUGUUUUUUUGCCAAUAUAACCGCCAUGUUUACAUAUAAUAAUAAAUAAACAUAUAUUAUAUUAUA